AAUGAUAAGAGGCAAUGAAAAUAAGGCCAUAGGAGUUACUUUUUUCUGAACUCAAAGUUACUCUCUUUACCAUCAUUUUCUGAAAUAGAGCUUUUCUCAGAAGCUUCCCUUUUUGGGUUAUAAUUAUAUGUUCACAGAAAACCAUUUCCUUUGAACAUCUAUCACAUACAUUCUUGUCUAAACUCUAAAACUCUCCAUUCACAUCUCAAGAAUGGCAGACCAAGAGGAAAAAGAAGAACAGAAGCUCCUAGCAGAAUGGAAGAGAAAAAAAGGUGGAUUCAGGGCUUCCAUGUUCAUCUUUGUGUUGUCAGCAUUGGACAACAUGGGAUUUGUGGCAAACAUGGUGAGCCUAGUGCUUUACUUCUAUGGGGUGAUGCACUUUGAUCUGUCAAGUUCAGCCAACACUCUCACAAACUUCAUGGGUUCAACUUUCUUGCUUUCCCUUGUUGGAGGCUUCAUCUCAGACACAUACUUAAACAGAUUCAGCACAUGCUUGCUUUUUGGAUCCCUUGAAGUCAUGGCAUUGGCAAUGCUGAGUGUUCAAGCUGGUUCAAGGCAUUUACACCCAGAAGCAUGUGGGAAAUCAAGCUGUGUGAAAGGUGGUAUAGCAGUGAUGUUGUACACAUCACUGUGCUUAUUGGCAUUGGGAGUGGGAGGGGUUAGAGGCUCCAUGACUGCAUUUGGUGCUGACCAAUUUGAUGACAAGGAUCCAAGUGAAGCAAAAGCUCUUGCAAGCUUCUUCAACUGGCUUCUAAUGAGUUCAACUCUUGGAGCAAUCACUGGUGUAACUGCUGUUGUUUGGGUCAGCACUCAGAAAGCAUGGCACUGGGGAUUCUUCAUCAUAACCAUAGCUUCCUCCAUUGGAUUCAUCACUCUUGCUAUUGGAAAACCAUUCUAUAGAAUCAAAACUCCUGGAGAUAGCCCCAUUUUGAGGAUUCUUCAGGUUCUUGUUGUGGCUUUUAAGAACCGAAAGCUGUCACUGCCAGAAUCACACCAAGAAUUGUAUGAGAUCAGUGACAAAGAUGCUGCUGUAGAGAAGAUUGCACACACCAACCAGAUUAGGUUCCUAGAUAAAGCAGCGAUUGUUUCAGAAAAGUCAAAGGCAGAUAGAUGGAAAGUGUGCACAGUAACACAAGUAGAAGAAGUGAAGAUCCUAAUAAGAAUGCUACCAAUAGUUGGAAGCACCAUCAUAAUGAACACAUGCUUGGCACAGCUUCAAACAUUCUCAGUUCAGCAAGGGAAUGUAAUGAACCUCAAACUGGGUUCUCUAACAGUUCCAGCACCUUCCAUUCCCGUUAUACCCCUUGUCUUCAUAACCAUCUUGGUCCCCAUAUACGAACUAUUCUUCGUCCCAUUCGCACGCAAGAUCACAAACCACCCCUCAGGAAUCACACAACUACAGAGAGUUGGAGUAGGCCUUGUUCUCUCUGCAAUCUCAAUGGCAGUGGCUGCAAUUGUUGAGGUGAAAAGAAGGGAGAGAGGGAGAAAAGACCCUUCUAACCCCAUAAGCCUGUUCUGGCUUUCAUUCCAGUACGCUAUAUUUGGUGUUGCGGACAUGUUCACGCUUGUGGGACUGUUGGAAUUCUUCUACAGAGAAGCUCCUUCGGGGAUGAAAUCGUUGUCAACAUCGUUGACGUGGCUAUCCAUGUCUCUUGGAUACUUUCUGAGCACGGUGUUUGUGAAUGUCAUAAAUGGUGUUACGAAAAGAGUGAGUCCAAGUAAAGAAGGGUGGUUGCAUGGUUUUGACUUGAAUCACAAUAAUCUCAACUUGUUUUAUUGGUUCUUGGCCAUUCUUAGCUGCAUUAACUUCUUCAACUACCUCUUCUGGGCCUCAAGGUACAAGUACAAAUCUGAUCAACUACACCCUCCUCCUCCUCCUGCUGCAGCCACAAAUCACAAGAAGCCUUUAGAUCAAGUUCCUCUCAGAAAAAUGGAGAUUAAUUAGGAUGCAUGCUUAAUUAAUUAAUUAUAUAUAUUAUGAUGUGCAUGAUAGAGGUUGUUGCUAUUAGUGGUUGAACAUGUGUGCUUUGUAUGAUUGAUUUGAUGUUGUUGGAUCCGGCACUAUCUGUGUGUCUUGGAGUGUCCAGAUUCUUAAUAUUGAAGCUUGUUCAGAUGA